GGUGAGGAUUCAGGCUCCGUCCUUACAAGGCCGUGGCCUGAAGCUCAGGGCCCCCAGCCCCUCCCUCCCAGCCCACCAGCGUCCCCCACCCAGCCCCGAGCUGGACCGCACACCUUGGGACACGGUUUUCCACUUCCUAAGGACGAGCCCCAGACUGGAGGAGAGGUCCGAGGUGGGCGUUGGACUCUUUGCGAGGACCCCGGCGGCGGGCCCCGGGGAGGCGGCCGAGGCGGCGGCGGCCGGGGGCGACAUGGCGGAGGAGCAGGACCUGUCCGAGGUGGAGCUGAGCCCCGUGGGCUCCGAGGAGCCGCGCUGCCUGUCCCCGGGGAGCGCGCCCUCUCUGGGGCCCGACGGCGGCGGUGGAGGCGGCGGAUCGGGCCUGCGAGCCAGCCCGGGGCCCGGCGAGCUGGGCAAGGUCAAGAAGGAGCAGCAGGACGGCGAGGCGGACGAUGACAAGUUCCCCGUGUGCAUCCGCGAGGCCGUCAGCCAGGUGCUCAGCGGCUACGACUGGACGCUGGUGCCCAUGCCCGUGCGCGUCAACGGCGCCAGCAAGAGCAAACCGCACGUCAAGCGGCCCAUGAACGCCUUCAUGGUGUGGGCGCAGGCAGCGCGCAGGAAGCUGGCGGACCAGUACCCGCACCUGCACAACGCCGAGCUCAGCAAGACGCUGGGCAAGCUCUGGAGGCUGCUGAAUGAGAGUGACAAGCGCCCCUUCAUUGAGGAGGCCGAGCGGCUCCGGAUGCAGCACAAGAAGGAUCACCCAGAUUACAAGUACCAGCCGCGGAGGCGGAAGAACGGGAAGGCGGCCCAGGGAGAGUCAGAGUGCCCAGGCGGGGAGGCCGAGCAGGGCAGUGCUGCUGCCAUCCAGGCCCACUACAAGAGCGCCCACCUGGACCACCGGCACCCGGGCGAGGGCUCCCCGAUGUCAGAUGGAAACCCCGAGCACCCCUCGGGCCAGAGCCAUGGCCCGCCCACCCCUCCGACCACCCCAAAGACAGAGCUGCAGUCGGGCAAGGCAGACCCCAAGCGGGAUGGGCGCUCCAUGGGGGAGGGCGGGAAGCCUCACAUCGACUUCGGCAACGUGGACAUCGGUGAGAUCAGCCACGAGGUAAUGUCCAACAUGGAGACCUUUGAUGUGGCUGAGUUGGACCAGUACCUGCCGCCCAACGGGCACCCGGGCCAUGUGGGCAGCUACUCGGCAGCUGGCUACGGGCUGGGCAGCGCCCUGGCUGUGGCCAGUGGACACUCUGCCUGGAUCUCCAAGCCUCCAGGUGUGGCUCUGCCCACGGUCUCGCCACCUGGUGUGGAUGCCAAAGCCCAGGUGAAGACGGAGACUGCGGGGCCCCAGGGGCCCCCGCACUACACUGACCAGCCGUCCACCUCGCAGAUCGCCUACACCUCCCUCAGUCUGCCCCACUAUGGCUCCGCCUUCCCCUCCAUCUCCCGCCCCCAGUUUGACUACUCUGACCAUCAGCCCUCAGGACCCUAUUAUGGCCAUUCAGGCCAGACCUCUGGCCUCUACUCGGCCUUCUCCUACAUGGGGCCCUCACAGCGGCCCCUCUACACGGCCAUCUCUGACCCCAGCCCCUCAGGGCCCCAGUCCCACAGCCCCACACACUGGGAGCAGCCAGUAUAUACGACGCUGUCCCGGCCUUAAAGAAGGCCCUGUCACCACCACCCUCGCCCUGCCCCUUCCCCCAGCCCUCGCGCCCCGUUCCUCGCCCAUCUCAGGCCCGGUGGCGGCUGUGGAGGCAGCUGCAGAGGCCGACAGCUGAGGGAAGGCCUUCUGUCUGGCCCACUGCCUUUGAUGACCCCACCCCGUCCUAUCCAGACUCCAGCCCAGGCACAGCCCUGGGCUACUCGGCUGGGCAGAGGAGAAGGAGGUUGCUUGUUGCCCCAGACUGAAAAACGAGGGGCUGCACCUUCCCCCCAGGAAUGACCCUCGAUCCCAGGAUCUGAGCAGGCCCCGCUCACCCUCCUCUGGGAGGAGGGGAAGCAUCCAGGGUCAGAUGGGAAUCGGAGGCCUUGCCACUCCUGUGCCCAUGUUUCCUCUUUCGUGGGCAAUUAGGGGACUGGCGUAACCCGUGCCACCUGCGCCAUGUGCCUAAGAGCAAGGCCGGCCAGAGACCU